AAAUUAUUAAAGCUGUAAAUGUUUUUCGAUCCUUAAUUAUUAGAGGAUGCUCAAGAAUCUGUUAAUCAAAAUUCUUAGGUUAAUUAAAGAUCUUAACCAAAAGGACGAUCUAACAUAAAUAAAUUUUAAGUUAAAAAAAAAGAGGAGCCGAAAUAAGAAAAUAAAGCUUUGAGUAGAAUUUAAUAAGUAACAAUCAUAAUAAAGGUUUCAGAAAGAGAUAGAAAUACAGAAGAAAUAAUCAGAAUCUCAAAUUAAAUAGAAUGAUGAAAUUUUUGAAAGUUUAGUUUAAUUUGAUUCAGAUCCAGAAUAAGAAGACACAAAAAAAAUUAUGAAUCCAUUGAUGGAUAAUCAAAAUAUAAUAGAAGAAACUAAAGUAUAAAAAAUGGAAUUAUUUAUAGCCUAAAUAAUAAAUAAAAACAUCAGGAAUGGCAGAAUUUAAAUAGAUAAGUGUAUUAUAAAGUAAUAAACAAUACAAAAAAAAACUUGGUUAAAAUGAAUCCACUUAUGGUCAAGAUUUCGAAUUAGAAAUUGAGAAAGUAAAUAUUAAGAUUUUAUUUAAGUUUUCAAUAAUUGGAAAUAAUCAUAAUUAAUAUUAUGAACCUGGACAAAAAUUAAAUGAAGAUGAUAGUUUACCUUAAUUAUAGAAAUAAAAUAAUAAAAUAAAGUUUGUAGAAAGUUAAAUAAAAGAUAAUAAACCAUAAGAAAGAGUUGUUGAAGAAGAUUAAGUUAUUAUAUAGUAAUAAACAAUAUAAGAAGAAGAUAAUAUAAUACAAAAUAAUAAUUAUUAAGAGUUGUAAGAGUAAGAAAAUGAUGAUGAAUUAUUAUCUUAAUAAUAAAAAGAAUAAGAAAUAAGGAAAGAAUUAAAAUAAUAACAUGAUAAAAUUUAAACAGAUUUAACAAAUGAAAUACCGGAAGUAAUAGAAUAAAAAGAUAAUAAGACAGAAAUCUAAUAAAUUGUUUAAGAAUAACCUAAAUAAACUUGUCCAUAUCCCAAACCUUUAAUAUCUAUAGAUAUGCCACAUGGAAAGAAACAUUUUCUAUUAAAUCCAGCACCUAGAGGAGGAAUGAUUUAAUGUACAAUAAAAAGAGAUAGAAGUGGAAUGAGUAGAUUUUAUCCUAAAUAUCAUCUACAUGUAUCAAAUGGAUUUUUAUAUUUAAUGAGUGCAAAAAAGAGAGCUUGUAAUAAUACUAGCAAUUAUAUAAUUUCAAUGUCAAGAGAAGAUUUAGAAAAAGGAGAUAAUUUUAUUGGAAAAGUAAGAAGCAAUUUUAUGGGAACUGAAUUUAUUUUAUAUGAUGCAGGAUUGAAUCCAGAUAAAACUAAAGAUUAAUCUAAACUUAGAUAAUAACUUGGAAUUGUUUAAUACGAAAGCAAUAUUUUAGGAUCAAAAGGUCCUAGAAAAAUGGUGGUAUCAUAUUAUUUUUGUUAUCUAGGUUUUAUUACCAAAUUUAGAUGAAAGAGAAUAACUCUAUGUUUUUAAACCUACAAAUUCUAAAGAUGGAAUACUUAAAGAAUUUUAGAAUAAUAAUAGAGAUCACAUUGUAACUUAUGUUAAUCGACCACCUUAAUGGAAUAGUAAACAUAAAGCUUUUGUUCUUAAUUUCUAUUAAAGAGUAGAUAAGCCUAGUGUUAAAAAUUUUUAACUUAUAGUUGAAAAUAAAGAAGAUAAUAUUUUAUUAUAAUUCGGUAGAGUUGGAGAUGAUCUUUUUAAUUUAGAUUUUUAAUAUCCUAUUACUCCUUUAUAGGCAUUUUAAAUUGCAUUAUCAAGUUUUGACUACAAAAUUGCAUGUGAAUGAAAUGUUUU